CCCCCCUCCUGGUUUUUCAGAAUACCAUCACUGUGAUAUUGUUUGUCCCUUUUAAUGUAUGUAUUUGGUGAAGAUGGUGCUCCCAAAUGUAAUUGUUUAGCUGUCACCAGUGUCUAGUACAGGAUAUGUCCCAGGUCAUCAUGUUACUCCCGUUUUCCAAGAAUAGUGGGUAUUUUACGUUCUAAACGGUCUGUGUCUUGUAGUAAAACCCCUUGCACCUGGGGGCGAUGUGAGCUGAUCAUGGGCUCGCAAUCCGCUAAUCCAAACAGAAAAAGAAAGCAAUGCGGAAGUAAAACGAGGAGCGACGCUGUUUUGUCUUCGUUACCUCUUAUUUUUCCUUCCAUCGGAAGCUCUACUCGCUGAAUACUCAAUUGUCAUUCCCCGAAACAUGUCUAAACUACAACAGUUUCGUGUGUUUCUAAAUAACUAUUUGACUGCAGCUUCUGUAGAGAUUUUCGGGGCAGUUGAGAAAACAGUAGUGGAGUACCCAGACAUUGGUGGGAAUGAUCGGAUUAUACUGGAGAUCGAACAAAACACAAAGACAAUAGACUCCCUGGGGGUCUCUGUCUCUGAAGAGGAGGUUCCCCCUGAGCAGCAGCUCUGUGAGAAGGAGUGGCGUCCCAGUCUGAGGGAGGAGGUCCCACAGUCCACACAGGUUAAAGAAGAACAGGAGAAACCCAGGACCGGUCAGGGAGACGGGCAGCUUCAAGGGCUCUUAGAGACCAAACAAUCCAUAUCGACUCCUUAUUUUGGGAAUAGUGAACGUGAACAAAAAUCCAUCCUAGCUGAAUGCCCAAAUCUCAGUCGACUGAAAAUGUUGAAGCUCCAUUUCUUCCACAAGUUUCUAAAUGAGCGUUUGAUGGUGUCAGCAGCUGUGGAGAUCUUCGGGGCAGUUGAUAGAAUGUUAGCUGAGUACCAGGAAGAGAAUAAUAGGCUACAGAGUUUGUUGCGGAUCAGUCCAAAGGUGAAACUACAUACAGUAGACUCCCUGCAGGUCUCUCUCUCCGUCUCUGAAGAGGAGAUUUUCCCUGAGCUGCAGCUCUGUGAGCAGGAGUGGAGUCCCAGUCUGGGGGAGGAGGACCCAGAGCCCCCACAAAUUAAAGAAGAACAGGAGGAACUCAGGACCAGUAAGGAGGAAGAACAGGAUCAAGGGGUGGAACUUGAUAUUUUGAAGUUUAAAUUCACUCCCUCCAGUGUGAAAAAUGAAUGUGAUCAGGAAGACCCACUGUGGUCCCUGACUCCUCCCUCAACCCAGACUGUGGAGAACAGAGAGGCUGAUUUACCUCAGAGAACUUCUGGCACGGUGACCAACCUAAAGAGUCCCAACACUCCCAGUGACCCAGAACAACGAGACAGCAGCCCACCAAUGAAUUCCAACCCACCACUGAAGAAACGUGGAUCCAAACACACCAUGUCUAGAAAACCUCACCACUGUCGUGACUGGUUCAGACAGAAGGGAGACAGAACACACCAUAAACUGACUCACACAGAGGAGAAAUUAUUUCACUGUGGUGACUGUGGGAAGACCUUCAGUAAAAAGGGUAACCUAACCAAACACAAACGGACUCAUACUGGAGAGAAACCGUUUAGCUGUGUCAACUGUGAGAAAAGCUUCAGUCGGAAUUGGAACCUGACCAAACACAAACUGACUCACACAGGAGAGAAACCAUUUAACUGCAGCGAGUGUGGGAAAAGCUUCAGUAGGAAGGGGCACUUAACCAGGCAUGAACUGAUGCAUACAGGAGAGAAACUCUUCAGUUGUGAUGACUGUGGCAAAAGCUUUAGUCAGAUGUGUCACCUAAACAGGCACAAAUUGACUCACACAGGAGAGAAAUCCCUUAGCUGUCGAGACUAUGGAAAGGGAUUCACUCACAGUAGAACCCUAGAUAUACAUAUAGGAGAUUAACAUUUUAUUUGUGUUGACUGCGAAAAGCUUCAAUCACAAGGGCUACCUUAUCAGGCAAAUGUUGACACAGGAGAGAAAUUAAAUGGUUGCUCAGCCCGUGUAGAAGGUUUCAGAAAGCAUUCUUAUUUGCUGUUGUGUGUGAAAAACAUAAACAAAUAAGAAACCAAGAAAAGGAAUGAAGAAAGAAAGUUAGAACUGGUCAAAAGGGGAUCUUUACUCUUGGGUACAAGUCAAUAGCCUAGCCUUGUCCGCUCUGCACACCAACAUUUGAAGAUCCUGGUGGACAACAAAGCCAUUGGCCAGGAGAACUCGGCUCUUGCUGCCGAGAUUGAUGAAGCCUGUCUAGUCAGCUGGUUAAAGUGACCUGUGGCAGAGACCACCUGGCUCGACCGAGAAGAUGUCAGUCAGUUUAACCAGCAGGCAAGUCAGGCCUGUUUCAUCUGUUGACCCGUUCCAUCUGGGAUGCCUGUUGAACCAGUGUAUCUGGGAUGCCUGUUGAACCAGUGUAUCUGGGAUGUCUGUUGAACCAGUGUAUCUGGGAUGUCUGUUGAACCAGUGUAUCUGGGAUGCCUGUUGAACCAGUGUAUCUGGGAUGUCUGUUGAACCAGUGUAUCUGGGAUGUCUGUUGAACCAGUGUAUCUGGGAUGCCUGUUGAACCAGUGUAUCUGGGAUGUCUGUUGAACCAGUGUAUCUGGGAUGCCUGUUGAACCAGUGUAUCUGGGAUGUCUGUUGAACCAGUGUAUCUGGGAUGUCUGUUGAACCAGUGUAUCUGGGAUGUCUGUUGAACCAGUGUAUCUGGGAUGCCUGUGGAACCAAUGAAUCUGACUGAUGAACCAGUGAAUCUGACUGAUGAACCAGUGAAUCUGACUGAUGAACCAGUUUAGCUGGGUUGCCUGUUGCUGCUAUGUUCAUGAAAGGGGCAAUCUGCAGUUCAAACGAGCAUGUUUUGUUAAACAUCUUAGGAAUUGGGAUAAAUACUGUUGAAAUAUCAGUCCAGUUUGCUUAUUUUUAUUCUGAUUGUUUGAACAGGGCAGUACAUAUUAUAUAAUACAAAGAAAGAGUUUGUAAAUUGCACAUUUUGAUAUUUUGUGUCGAGAGUGAGGCAAAUUAUAGUUCUUGAAGAAUCUGAAAAUCCAAACUGUUGCACAUUGCAUGUAAAUCAAAUUGCCAAAUCCUGGGAUUGUCCUUUACUAGGGUGAACGUGUAUAAAGUGGCAAGAAGAACAAAUGCAAGAAGAUGCAAUUGAAGCUUGGGGCGCUGCAGUGGACGCACAGUAGAUGCACAAUAGACACACAGUGGAUGCACAGCAGACGCACAGUAGAUGCACAGUAGAUGAAGCCAGUUAUGAUUCUGAACGUUCAACAGUUGAGGGAAACGGAUAUGAUUGUCAGAGUUAACUGUGCCAAACAAACAAUAAAUAAGUGUAACUGUAAGUAAAAUGUUUAAAUUUUGCAUUUGUAUUUUUUAGUAUAUAUAAACCCAAAGCAUGGCUGGGUGUGACAAAUGUUCAGGUAUCAGUUGAUAAUUGGUGACCCUGUGGGACAGGGGUUGCUCAGAUUUCCAACAACAGGG